AUGAUUUGUUUGGCGUACUCUGGGGGAAGUAUGAGCAAUGUAGCCCUCAUCUUCUACACUUGUUUAUGGAUCCCAUUUCUUCAAAUUAAGUUGGCUGUCCUAGGUAUUGUUGGCUUCGUGCUCUACCCAUUUUCAGAGAGGUCACGAAUUGUGCAACAGAACGGAUGCUGCUGUGUUCCGGUGGCGAGGUUUGAGGAUGUGAAGAAGUGCAUGAGUGGCGGGAAAGGUGGUAAGGAGGAGGAAGACGUGGUGUGCUCCAUCUGCUUGGUGGAGUAUGAGAAGGAAGAUGUGGUGAGCCAGCUGCCAAAGUGCGGGCACUUGUUCCACAUGGCGUGCAUCGAGAGGUGGCUGGACCGGAACCACUUCACCUGUCCACUCUGCAGGUCUCUGUUCUUUGCAUGCUGA